UCCCCAGCAGACAUGCGAGUUGCGUGUCUGUGGCUGUCCCUCACCUAUUUGGUCCCCAGCCUCGACAGGUUGGGGGCACGGGAAUACAACAACUCAACCAUUUUCGGCGGGGGUACAUUUGUGGAUGCAGAAGGGCUGCUGAACCUGUCAGCUCCGUAUACGCCCAACCUGACAAAUGUCUUCUCGCUUGACCUGGACGACGGCACGCUCGCGGACUGGCGCUCCAUGGCAGUUAAAAAUUGCUAUGGUGGAGAGUCCCAUAACCGGACAGUGAAAUCACUACUGGUCCUGGCUUACUCGUUCAUCAUUGUCAUCUCGCUGUUCGGAAACACGCUGGUGUGCCAUGUGGUGAUCAAGAACAAGCGGAUGCACUCCGCCACGAGUCUGUUCAUCAUUAACCUCGCAGUGGCAGACAUUCUUAUAACGCUGCUCAACAUGCCCUUUACUUUGGUCCGUUUUGUGAAUAGCAGCUGGUGGUUCGGGAAGGGAAUGUGCCACAUCAGCCGGUUCGUCCAGUAUUGCUCCCUGCACGUAUCCACACUCACGCUCACGGCAAUCGCGCUGGACAGACGCCAGGUCAUUCUCCACCCUCUGAGGCCCCGCAUGUCCCCGGCUCGUGGUGUUGUGUGUGUGAUUCUUAUCUGGGUCAUGGCCAGCUGCUUCUCCUUGCCUCAUGCCAUCUACCAGGAGCUCCUAACCUUCGUGUACAGUAAGGAGAAGGUGCGCAGCCUUUGUGUCCCCGACUUCCCCGAGCCCUCUGACGUCUAUUGGCAGUGCAUUGACCUCCUCACCUUCAUCCUCCUCUACGUCCUACCCCUCCUCAUCAUCACCGCCGCCUACUCAACCGUGGCACGCCGCCUGUGGCGCCGUAACGCUAUCGGGGACACCACCACUGCGCAGUUCGCUGUGCAGCGGCGGAAGCGGCGGCGCACCCUGGCUAUGUUGUUGGUGGUUGUUGGGGUGUUUGCGGUAUGCUGGUUCCCUCUGAACUGCUACGUGGUGCUUCUCUCCAGCCAGGCCAUUCAGUCAUCCAAUGCCUUGUAUUUCUGUUUUCAUUGGCUGGCGAUGAGCUCGACGUGUUACAAUCCCUUCAUCUACUGUUGUCUGAACCCCGCCUUCCGCCAGGAGCUAAGGCUGCUAUUGGGCAUGUGCCGGAAGAGGGGGCGUGGAGGGGUGGGGCCGGUGCUGGUGGCUCCACCCUCCUGCGCACUCUGCCACAGAGCCGCCUGGCCGGAGAGCCGCACCUGUUCUCGGCCGAGUCACGCCUCUUCACACCCGAGUCGCGCCUCCUCUCGGCCAAGCCACUCCUCGUCCUCUCACCAGCUUCCUAAAGACAGGCAUGUCCUUUUCUCUGCUAGACAUGCCAAUAAAACAGACAUCCUAUCAGUGGAACCUAUAGUAGCUGUCAGUUAACUACAACUACCAGAAUGCACUUGGGUUGGGAUUGUGUGAAUGAUUGAGUUUAUUUGACAAUUAAAGACAUGUAAAAGUUGCUGCAUUUGGUGGUGAGUCCUGUUGAAGGACUACGUUAUUAGCUAAAGACAGUUGGGGCUCUAGAACAGGAAAUGUAUUAUCUUUUAACGUUCAUGACAGCGCCACCUUCGGGAAGAAAGGUUUCAUAUUGAUGGGAACAGGGUGUGAUGAGGUCUGGCAACAAAUGCAACACCCAAACGAACAACUACUCUGUUAGCACAUAUUGUGUACACUGAGUGUACAAAACAUUAAGGACACU